AUGGCCAAAGAGGUGUAUGAUGAAAUGCUUCGCACGUAUGGUGUUACUCCGCACACUUGUACAUACAAUGUUUUGAUCAGAGGGUUUUGCAAAAACUCAAUGUUUGAUGAAGGGUUUCGGUUUUUUAAUGAGAUGGCCGGGUUUAAUUGUGAUCCGGAUGUUGUCACGUAUAACACACUUGUUGAUGGUUUGUGUAGAGCGGAGAAGAUCAGAAUUGCUCGGAAUUUAGUGAAUGGUAUGAGCAAGAAAUGUGAGGGUUUGCAUCCUGAUGUUGUUACUUAUACUACAUUGAUUCGAGGAUAUUGUAUGAAGCUAAAAGUAGAUGAGGCAUUGAUUGUUCUUGAAGAGAUGAGUAGCCAGGGCAUUGAGCCGAACAUGGUUACCUAUAAUACUUUGAUAAAAGGGCUUUGUGAGGCACACAAGUUGGACAAGAUGAAAGAUCUUUUGGAACGGAUGAAAGGCAAUGGGGAUUUUAGCCCUGAUACAUUUACCUUUAAUACGAUUAUUCAUUCGCAUUGUUGUGUAGGAAAUCUGGAUGAAGCAUUGAAGGUGUUUGAAAGCAUGAAAAAAUUUCAGGUCCCCAUGGAUUCAGCUUCGUAUAGUACUCUGAUACGUAGUUUGUGUCAGAAAGGGGACUAUGAUAUGGCGAGAGGUGUUGUUUGA